CUCUACUCUCUGUGGAAGCACAUUGUUCAACGCGGGCUCAUUUUACCCAGAGCCAAUGAAUGCCUUGGUGUAUUUUAGCUGCUGCUGAAAAUUAAACACUUUCUCCGCGAGAAUAAGGCGCAGAUAUCUGAAGACGGCGGGAAGCAGACCAAGAACAUUUUGUUUCCUUCUGAUUACAGCUGAGAGGCGACAGAGUUGAAAGAUUUUUUUUCCUCUCCGGUAGACGAAACGUUGCUCUUAGUCGCUAAUUAGACAUCUGUUUGUUCAGUGGUGUGUGCGCGUGUGUGGUGAGCAGCAGCGGGAAAGAUGACAGAGUAUAAGCUGGUGGUGGUGGGAGCUGGAGGCGUGGGCAAGAGUGCACUCACCAUCCAGCUCAUCCAGAACCACUUUGUGGAUGAAUAUGACCCCACCAUAGAGGACUCGUACAGGAAACAGGUUGUGAUUGACGGGGAGACCUGCCUGCUGGACAUCCUGGACACUGCAGGUCAGGAGGAGUACAGCGCUAUGAGGGAUCAGUACAUGAGGACAGGGGAGGGCUUCCUCUGUGUCUUUGCCAUCAACAACACCAAGUCUUUUGAGGACAUUCAUCAGUACAGAGAACAGAUUAAACGUGUAAAGGACUCAGACGAUGUUCCCAUGGUGCUUGUGGGAAACAAAUGUGACCUCCCGGCACGCACAGUGGACACAAGGCAAGCCCAGGAACUCGCCCGCUCCUACGGCAUCCCUUACAUUGAGACCUCUGCCAAGACACGACAGGGAGUAGAGGACGCUUUCUACACACUGGUUAGGGAGAUCAGACAGCAUAAGCUGAGGAAGCUGAACCCGCCUGAUGAGAGCGGUCAGGACUGUAUGAGCUGUCGCUGUGUGGUAUCGUGAUGCAGCUGACUGUUGCACAUUGAGGAGAAGUGCUAGUGACAGCAUGGACUUUAAAGAUAGAAAGAUAAAACAACUCAAUGAUGAAAUAUAAACUUUUUCAAAAAGAGGCUGAUUGGAGCGAAAGCUCUCAAGGAAACCACCAGAGCUGACUGAACCAUAGACCUUUUAUGAAUAGGAGGAUUUGGACUGUUGCCUAAGUGGCUGCCUGAUCUAGUCUGGUCUGGCCCCCAUUUUUUUUUUUUUUCUUUUUUCUUUUUUCUUUUUUUUGGUCCACACGUCGACCUGUGAGCAACACCACUAAUGACUCUUUGUCAACUCCAGUGUGGUCUCGCUGGGUAGCUCCACAGGUUUCCUGCUAACUUAUUGUUUUCAGUCUCAACACUGGUCUUAAAGGGGUGUCUCUGACCUCCUCCCACCUUGAAAGCCUAAUUCCACUCCCACUGCCUGGCCACUGGAAGGACUGACUUAAAUGAAAAGGACUGGAAUCGACAUUUAGUUACCCAAACACCUCUCGCAUACUCACAACUCCCCAACCCUCUACCUGCCUUUGGUUUCCCUGGAAUGGCUGUGUAGUCCCUUCAUCGUACUGGAUACAAGAGAUGGAGGCUGGCAUGGGAAUGGCUCAUUUGUCGUUGUUAGCCUAGCUGUAAAAAAAAAUAAAAAUCUUUCAUUUCUUUUGUGGUUGCAGAAUUUGAAAGUCACUGAGCAAUAUGUAAGCAAGGUUGUUUUUAUUUCAGAUGGCACCUGGAUUGGCAUUUUUCAUGACCUGCCUGACAUAGUUGGAAUUCCUUUUGGGAUAGAAAUGUUGAAUGGAGAAUAUAAAGAGACAAAUUUCCAGAAUGCAGCUGCCUUCUCUCCUUUAUGUGUUUCUUUGCUAAGAGUUGUCUUUGUGGAAUAAUAAUAGUAAUGGCUAGUGUAUGUAGGUUCUGGUGCAAUAGGAUUCUUUACUGUCCACACAGUAUUGGGAAUAAACCACCUCUCAUGGCUCCUUAUUUUCCUGUUUUACUUUGUUUUAGGAAGGAGAGGUACCGUGCAUGAAACUGUAGCUGUUGUCAUGUUUCCAGGUGCUAAAGCUGGAGAGGUCGCCUGUAGAAUAGGAGGAAACCCCUACACUUGUACAGUUACACAAUGACAAUGUUAUGGUUCAAAUGAAUCGGUAGAUUUGUCUUGCAUUUCAUUUCAGUAACUGUACGGUGUACAACUCUUAUUUACUACAUGACGAUAACGGCUAUUUAUAGAUUGCAAAAAUCGUUCCUUGAGGACGAUAAGGCUCAGGAAUCGGGGUCCAGAAAGGUCUCACCUAACAGUCCUGGUAACCAGGAUUUAGGAUGUCACCGGUUAGCUUUGCAGAUGCACACGUCCUGCCUCAAAGUGAAACUUCAGUUUUUCCACACACCAUACUAUCCUCAAACUGCUCCUCCUUUUUCUGCCACCUCAGCUCUGCAACAGAACAAUAACAGGUCAGGCGCUAAUCAUGUCACAACCAUAUUUACAGUAUAUGUGGGACUAUUGUGUGUAAUAGGAGAUGGAGAUUGGGUUAUGGGAGUGCAUUGCUUUGUUUCUUCAUACUGACUGGCGUGUAUUCUCUACGACUGCAUUAAUUUGCUGCCUAAAUGAAAAAGACUGCUCUGUUUAUACUUUGCCUUAUCUGUUCGCUAGUUUGUACCUCAUGUAUGCAGCAAGCUCUACCUGAGGAGAUGAUGAUGAUGAUGUGUUCUUUUGGCUGCAUCGUUUUGUUUAUGUUUUGAUUAUGUGUGCAACUAAAAAAUAUAGAAGUGUGUUGAGUUUAGACAUGCACUGUAUAUAAUUUUGAAAGACAUGUCCUUAAAAACACUACACUGAUUUUUAAAAAGGGUUCUUUUUUUUCUGUAAUGGCAUGUGCGUCUGAAUGUGAUUCUGUUUAGAGAGAAUUCUUUAUGCCAGGUUGCUCCCGUGUUCAUUCCCAUGUACUUUUAGUCCAGAUUUGCAGUUUAGAGAUGUGGUCAUGUAAGAUAAUGUAUGGAAUCCCAGACACUACAGGCACGUUUUGGCAUCAAGCUUCAGAUGCAAACCUCAGAAACAUCUAAAACCUCUUCCAUGAAAGACAUCAAAAUGUUAUUUUGCUGUAGUCUCCUUUCAAGGGAUUUUUUUUCUGACGUAAUUGAUUUCAUACAGUUAAAGUGACUCUUUAACUCAUAACAUGGCUUAAAGAAAUUUGAUCACCAGUCUAGUUACUGUGUGGAUGGUAGUGGUAAAGUUGUUUUUUUUAAUCAGUUAAUUGUUCAUUUCUCUGCUUGGAGGAAGGAUAUGAACUGUGAAUGUGUUUUGAGUCUUUAGAUAUUGUUUGAAAGAAGCCUUGUGUUUCAAAUUUACAAUAUUGAAAUGAUGCAGGAGUUGAUCCUUGGUCCCACUUUUGGCUGUGUUGUUUCUAACUUUUUAUUUUUCACCCAUUGUACUUUUAAUGGAAUAAGAGCGUGGCGUUUGUAACAUGUAAUUACAGUCCUGAUAGUAUACUUGCCCUCUCCCUGUCGAUGUUUGAACAGUAAAUCCGUGAUAAUAAUACCACAGAAUUCCACAAAUGUAUGUAUUCAAAUUCCCGCUGCAUUAAAAUAUCAGCGUCAUGUUGCCGCGGGGAAACUCCAGCCAGCAAACCACAAGUAUACAUGUCAGAAAACCUGGCGAGCAUGACAAAGACUGUACGGACCAUUGGGAGUUUUGCACAAGGAUACAGUGGGCUCAAGGGCUUGUUUCUCCCCUUGCAAACUGUGGAAUGGAGGCGUGGAAGGAAUUUGUGAAAAUGUCAACUGUUUAGCUAUUUAAAAUGUAUUUACUCAUUGAAAAUGUGGCAAAAUGUAUUGCAGGACAGGAAUAAAGAUGUCAAGAU